UUCACUGUCAUAACAUUCUGCGACAAUCUUGCGCAUGCGCAGUACAUCCCGGUGCCAUAUACACGCGUUUAAACUUUGCGGAUAACUGCGCUGCCCGGCUCAUCAGCGUAAACUGCUAGUUUCCAAUGCGUUGGUUCGGAUUCGGCUUUAAUGCAUUUGGACAGAUUUAUGUCCACGAGAAAUCAAGUAAAGGAGAGUGUAGCGACGCUGCACAGGAAGUCAAAGUGAGUAGACCGACAGAGUUUACUAGUCAGGUGGAGAGAAGUGACUUGAAGAGGGAUUAUCAAAUCAGAGCAAGUUGGAGUCGAACAGCAUCUUUGCAUUUGCAUGGUGACAGCUGUGUGUUUCUCGCAGGCUUUGACUCCAGUGAGUCCUCUGGUGCUCCUGUGAAACAGAGCCGUGGCUGUAAAGAUGCCAUCAUCAGCGAAACAUACUUGACCCUCGCUUUCUCAGACAGACUUGAGUCCUGGGAUCUGCAGAAGCAAGAAAAGACUCCAUCAUGGAUCAUGGAAAUAGAAACGCACUCGGAGAGCUUUGGUCCCCCCGUGAAGCUCCCAUUGGUCCCUGGGGGUUACAUAGCCAUGAAACCACCCCUCUACCGCUCAUUAUCACCACAGCUGAUGGCCAAGAGUCUGGCACUGAGUGCAGAGCAUGCCAUCCUUCUCAGUGCCUCCGGAGCUGUGUACACCUGGGGACUGGGCAGCCAUGGUCAGUUGGGGCACGGCGACCUCACCUCUGAGGAGGCGCCCAGGGUAGUGGAGGCACUCUGGGGGAUGCCCAUGAGCUGUAUAGCUACAGGAGGCUGGCACUCUGUUUGUAUAAGUGAUGGGGGAGACCUUUAUGUGUGGGGCUGGAAUGAAAGUGGCCAGCUUGGACUUCCAUCAGGAGGAUUGAGGAAAGCACUGCAGCAACAAAGUAGCCAACACACAGGAGCACCAUGCCAAGAUGCUAGCACAUCUCCCACAGAUAAGCCACUGGAAGGAGAGAAACAUGAAGACGUAUUCAUAUCGAUCCAGGCGUUCCCAGCUCUAAUGGAUAUAACUCCAUCAUGUGAAAUCAAGACGGUCAGCUGUGGCAGCCGCCACACAGCUGCAGUUACAACCACAGGUGACCUUUACACAUGGGGCUGGGGUGACUACGGCCAACUUGGACACCAGACUUUCAUCAGUUCAGAUGAGCCCCAGUGUGUAGAGUUCUUCAGGGAGCAGCAACUGCAUGUGGUUGAUGUUGUGUGCGGGGCAUGGAACACUUUUGUUGCUGUUGUCAACGAGGAAGUAGCUUGCUCUUAAAAAUACUAUGGAUGUGGACACUGGACUUUGGACAACAUACCAGGAAGUGUAAAUUGUAACAACAAAUACAAGAUUUUCAAUUAAAUACAUUUUGUAAUAAAUUAUUCUCACUUGUCUGUAUUUUUAAAAAAGAAUUGUAGUAAAAAGGUAGUUUUUGAAAAUAAUUUUAAUUUUCUUUAUGGAAAUAAAAAAAUUACAGGUUUUAUAUUUCACAGACAUUGCAUAAAAGAGUUAAGGCAGUAAAAUCCACAGUUAAUUAUAAUUUAAGGCAAAUAUCUAAAAGUGUUCUAUUAAAAAUUAAACACCAUAUGAGAGUUUAAGAUUUGAUGCAGUUCCACAACUUUCUAGAGGUCUUCACAGGACAAUCUUGAAAGAGCUG